GCUGACGCGACCGUCAUCGCGCAGAUUGGCCCUCUAAUCGUGGACGGUUCGAAAUCGUCUGGGUAGUAAAGAAAGCGCGCCGGAUCUGGGGCGCUUGUGUUGCUAGCAGCACGUGUUGUCCUCGACGAUGCAGGUGGGCUUGGGCUUAGGCCAGCUGUCGCACGCACAAGGCACCUCUGCAGAUCCUGCAUGCAGCUGCCCUGUCGGUCCGCGCCGUCGGGUCGUGGGGCUUCCUCUUGGCCUUCUCGUCAUAUCUUGUUUCUCGACCACUUCAGCUUCAAUAUGGGGUCUGAAAGUCAGCGUUUCUUUCCAUUGCCUUUGGAGGAACCAACAGAGGAUGAUCAUGCGGCUUUUCCAGGAGUUUUGCUCUCUUGCUGCUUCGUCGCCGUAAUGGAGGGUGGAAAGGUGUUGGAGGCGACAGGGGUUACUAGUGUUUUGGCGUUUUGGCGUUUUGCUUUUGUAUGCAAGAAACAGCUCCUUACUGCAACCACAGUCCCAACGUUGCGUUGACGUGAUACAAAAGUCGGAAAACACUUGGCGAAGCCGCGGGCUUUCCGGGCUAGGCGUUCCGCUUCCCCGAUUCGCUAUCCGACGCUUUUGCCGCUUCGCG